AGGCUCUGGCCCCGACAGCUUGCCGUAGUUCCCGCAGCUUGUUUUCAUUCGUCUGCGGCUGGUCGUCCGAUGUGGUGACAGGCAGCAGGUCGACAGGCCAGCGGCGAGGUGGGAACACGGUCUGCGCGUACCGGAGGGCUCCAGGGCUACUCGCCGCUCAAGCCAUGACGUCUGGCGGCGGGAUCCGCAUCCCAAGCCGCCUGCCGCUGCUCCUGACGCACGAAGGCGUGCUGCUGCCGGGCUCCACGAUGCGCGUCAGCGUGGACACGGCCAGGAACAUGCAGCUGGUGAAGAGCCGGCUCCUGAAAGGCACCUCUCUGAAGAGCACCAUCAUCGGGGUCAUCCCCAACACCCGGGACCCCGAGCACGACACGGACGAGCUGCCCAGCCUGCACAGGAUUGGCACAGCAGGCCUGGCGGUGCAGGUCGUGGGCAGUAACUGGCCGAAGCCUCACUACACCCUGCUGAUCACGGGCCUGUGCCGGUUCCGCCUGGCCCAGCUGCUGAAGGAGCGCCCCUUCCUGGUGGCCGAGGUGGAGCAGCUGGACCAGCUGGAGGGGCUCUCCGGUGCCGCCGACGGGGAGCUGGGCGAGCUGUCCCAGCGCUUCUAUCAGGCCGCGGUCCAGCUGGUGGACAUGUUGGACAUGUCCGUGCCGGUGGUGGCGAAGCUGCGGCGCCUUCUGGACAGCCUGCCCAGGGAGACGCUGCCCGACGUCCUCGCCUCCAUGAUCCGCACCUCCAACAAGGAGAAGCUGCAGGUUCUGGACGCCGUGGGGCUGGAGGAGCGCUUUAAGAAGACCCUGCCCCUGCUGUCGCGGCAGAUCGAGGGGCUCCGGCUCCUGCAGAAGACCAGGAAGCCCCGGCUGGAGGAGGACAAGCGGCUGCUGCCGGUGCGGCGCGGCAGCCCCUUCCCCGGCCAUCGCUUCUCCCUGGAGGACGAGGACGAGGAGGAGGAGGACAGCGACGACAUGGCCCUGCUGGAGAGGAAGAUCCGGGGGGCCAGCAUGCCGGAGCCUGCCCUGCGCGUCUGCCUGAAGGAGCUGAAGAGGCUGAAGAAGAUGCCCCAGUCCAUGCCGGAGUACGCCCUGACCCGCAACUACCUGGAGCUCAUGGUGGAGCUGCCAUGGAGCAGGAGCACCACUGACUGCCUGGACAUCCGCGCGGCCCGCGUGCUCCUGGACAGCGACCACUACGCCAUGGAGAAGCUGAAGAAGCGCGUGCUGGAGUACCUGGCCGUGCGGCAGCUCAAGAACAACCUGAAGGGCCCCAUCCUGUGCUUCGUGGGGCCGCCCGGCGUGGGCAAGACCAGCGUGGGCCGCUCCAUCGCCAAGACGCUGGGCCGCGAGUUCCACCGCAUCGCGCUGGGCGGCGUGUGCGACCAGUCCGACAUCCGCGGGCACAGGUCAGCGGGCACCGGCCGCGGAGCCUCGCGCACGGCCUUCGCCCUCUUUUGUGCCAGUGCCCAGCGACAGGCCUGGUAUCGGCAGAGCAGGUUUUUCUGGGUGCUGUCGGGGUCCCGGACUUUUAAAAUGUGCGCGUGGGCGGCUCGAUGGAGCUCAGGUGUUCAGAUACCCCCCCAAAGUUUUCAUCAGGUUGUUUUUGGGUUGACGGUGCUCUCGGUGCUGGACCCCGAGCAGAACCACAGCUUCACCGACCACUACCUCAACGUGGCCUUUGACCUCUCCCAGGUGCUGUUCAUUGCCACGGCAAACACCACGGCAACCAUUCCACCUGCACUGCUGGACAGGAUGGAGGUGCUGCAGGUGCCAGGAUACACCCAGGAGGAGAAGAUUGAGAUUGCUCACCGACACCUGAUCCCACACCAGCUGGAACAGCAUGGCCUCACCCCUCAGCAGGUCCAGAUCCCGCAGGAGACCACUGUAGACAUCAUCAGCAGGUACACCCGGGAGGCGGGGGUGCGCUCGCUGGAGAGGAAGUUCGGGGCCAUCUGCCGGGCUGUGGCCGUUAAGGUGGCGGAGGGUCACAAGGUGGCGAAGACUGACCACGCCUCUCCUGGGGCAGAGACGGCAGGCGGGGAGAAGGCAGAUGGCAGGGAGGAGUCUCUGGCUGGGUCAGCUGACCUGGCCCUGCCCCCUGAGAUGCCCAUCGUGAUCGACCGCCAUGCCCUCAAGGACAUCCUGGGGCCACCAGUCUUCGAGAUGGAGGUGUCGGAGCGGCUCACCCUGCCCGGUGUGGCCAUCGGCCUGGCCUGGACACCCUUGGGUGGGGAGAUCAUGUUUGUGGAGGCCAGCCGCAUGGAGGGGGAGGGGCAACUGACUCUAACUGGCCAGCUGGGCGACGUCAUGAAAGAAUCGGCACACCUCGCCAUCAGCUGGCUGCGCAGCAACGCCAAGGCCUACGGUCUGACCAAUGCUGUGGGCGGACCAGACCCCCUGGAGGGCACAGACAUCCACUUGCACUUCCCGGCCGGCGCGGUGACGAAGGACGGCCCCUCCGCCGGCGUGACCAUGGUGACCUGCCUGGCCUCCCUGUUCAGCAGCAGGCUGGUGCGGUCGGACGUGGCCAUGACCGGAGAGAUCACCCUGAGGGGCCUGGUGCUGCCGGUGGGAGGGAUUAAGGACAAAGUCCUGGCUGCGCACCGGGCGGGAUUAAAGCGAGUGAUAAUUCCCAGGAGGAACGAGAAGGACUUGGAAGAGAUCCCGGCCAACGUGCGGGCGGACCUGGACUUUGUGAUGGCCAGCCGUCUGGACGAUGUUCUCAACGCGGCCUUCGACGGCGGCUUCCCUGCGUCUCAUCUGCACGCACAGAUCACCAGCAAGCUGUGACCACAGCAUGCGCCACAGGGGCCUGCGCUGAGCUGGACCAGUCACUGCACUGUGUACCCACUCAAGCUCCCACGCGCAGUCACAGAGAGGUAGAUGGGUGGAUGCAGAGAGAGAAAGAUUGACAUCAGAUACAUUUUAUGUCAAUACAGAGAUUUACGUCAGGUGGUGAUGGCAGACCUGACACGCACGCACGCACACGCACCAGCCCAAAGUGAUGGCAGACCCGACACACGCACCAGCCAAAGUGAUGGCAGACCUGACACACACACCAGCCCAAAGUGAUGCCACACCUGACACACACACCAGCCAAAAUGAUGGCAGACCUGACACACA